AUGCCGGCUGGGGGCUCGUCUGAACUGCCUCGGGCAAGGCAGGAAAGCACGCCGAGUACCGCAAGCCGCUAUGCGCCUUUGCUUAUGCUGUUAAGAUGUGUAGUCUCCAUCGCGAGGCCGAAAGUCGUUAAACUGCAGCGUGGCCAACAGUCCGUAUACGGGUCAGAGAGGUCAUAUUUUGGGAGAUUUCCCUCCUGUUUUCAGACCCCAUUGGCCAUCGCGUUGGGAGCUUUGUUUGAGAGACAGGGCGAUAAGGAGGAGGAGGGGACUUCAUCUAGGCUAAAAAGCUUCUCCCGGAACAAUUUUGACCCGGACCGACGAAACUUCUCGCGAAAAGUACAAAAGUAUAAGGAUUUUGAGAAGUUACUGUUACGUUACGUACUUGCUAAUCAAUUCACUGCUUACGUACAAAAGUACUACCAAAUUGAGAAGUUACUGGCAGAAAAAAGCUCAAACGUAACGUACUACGUACUCGAAAAAGACACAUGCAGAGCCGUGACGCUUGAUGGGCCAGACCAAGGCUUCAGACUGCUUCGCCCCAAAUGGCUUCAAGAUAGCCGCAAAUCUUCCAAUCCGGCGAUGAGCGUCACUACACUAGGCUUGGCGGGCCAGUCCCGCGAAAGUCUGUACUGA